UCAGGUGACUACGUUGUCUCAUCGACUAUGUUGCAACAGAUGAUGAUCAAUGGACAAAAAGCGAUCCAUAAGCUGAAUCCUACAGACUUGAACGCAGCAGAUCGUAUGAAGUUUGACCCGACAUUGAAAUUGAUUUCGGAAGAUCUUAUCAACCAUCUAACAGACGUUGUUCAUGAUAGUCUUGGAAUUGCCACUUAUUUAAAAAUAAUGCGAAAUAUUUAUGUGGCAUUCUAUGAGCAGCAGUUAUCACCUACCGAGCGCGUAAAUUCAGUUUAUAUGUGCAUUUUAAGGACAUCACUAUUUUUCCUUCGUGCUUGGCGUCAAAUAUGUAUGAAACAAAAUAAAACGAUUAAACAUUGCCCUACAUCGAAUGCUUACAUAUCGCUGGAACUGAGUGCUCAUGGGCUAGUGAAGUAUAUGGUGAGAUGUCGGAUUGCCAAUACUCCGGAGCAAUUUGUUGUACAAAAUAUGACAAGUCAACCCUGUGAAACGACAUUUCGAGAGCUACGAUCUAUGACAACAGUCAACCAUACAUCCGUGAAUUUUACGAUGAUGGAUGUUGAACAACGUUUUCAAAAAGUUCAGAUGAAACUUCUGAUUGCCUAUCGCAGAAAACACGAGAUGACCUUCCCAAGCCUCCAGAAGCAGGAGCACAAGAUGCGCAUGAUGAAGACAUCACAUCUCCCAAACGACGAUGAAAUUCGAAAGGCUAUUGAAACCGCAGAACAAAACGCGAAAAACUUACUAAUAUCCCUCGGUAUCCAGGAAAGCCAACUAAACUUCAGAGAAAUCAUAGAUAUUCGAAUGUCAAAACCAAAAUCUGAUUUCGACUUUAUUAUCAUAAAUGAAAAUCAAAUGCAUAAUAACAUUACGGAAGGUGAAUCACUUUAAAUUGAUACAUAUUUGUUUGAAGUUUUUACAAUUUAUAAAAUUAAGAAAAAGUUAUGCAACACAUUCACAUUACACUAAAAGUUUGCUUAUGGUCAAAACCUUACUUAGAACAAAUUUAUAAAAUUUCAGAGGAAGAAACCGUUUAUGAAGCUGACACAGAAGAAACUUCAAGUUCAAAUCAAGGUUCAAAUGCUGGUUUUGAAUCUGUUUUCAUUGAAGAGACAUGUAAUGAGAGUGAAACCUCAAACAUAUUGGUAGAAGAAGCUGAUGACAUUUUUGCUAGAGCUGGUGGAGCGCUGCUCUUGCGGUCAUGUACAUUAGGGAAUAACCGACAUGUUUUCCGUAUUAAAGGAAAAAAUGGAAAAAUUAUGAAAGUCAAGAAAUCCCUUAUUCUAUGGAUGAUUUCGUCCGGAAGAUUUAAAAGAAGCAAUGAUCGGUUACGACGGUUUUACCAACUGCGUACCAAAGAAGUCGACAACGUUUAUUGUAAUUCUGUUAAACAAUAUCUAAGCAUCGGGGACUGGGUAGCGUUCCAAGGAAACCGUAUUUGUCAAAUUACGAAUUUUCAGUACAAAACAGGUAAAUAAUUGAUAAGAUAUCAAACAUGUUGCUCACAAUAUAGUUAUUUUUCAAUAACCCGUUGCAGGAAAAACGAAAUCAUGUACUUUAAAAACUAUUCCAAUAUUUAACCCUGCGGACGGAGAACAGAGGGACAUCCUUGUUUUGGGAAAUUUUUAUGAGCUUCAGGAUCGUACAUUGCAUCUGAAGAACGAAAAGCACAAGUAUGCUGACGUCAAAGAA